UAAUGGGUGGAUUAACUGAUAUUUUAUUUUCUAUUUGUGCUGAGUAUUUCAGAGGAUUGUUUUGUUCACUUCAAGGAUUUUUGGUGUUGCAUAAAAUUGAUAAUCCGCCUGUUUCGAGCAUUGUAACCGAACAUCGACGACAACAACAACAAAAAUCGACAACAUCUUUCCAAACAGUACUCGAAAAACGCAGACAACAAGAACUCGAAAAGCGUUGCAGUAAACCUCCACAGCCUGAACAAAUAAAUAAAGUUUCAACUCCUAAACGUAUUAUUAGGUGCGUCUGUGCCAACAUUGCCUCCGUUCUCCUCGUUUUGUCAAUUGCUUAUUUUGUAAAUUUUGCUGGGCAAAAUACUCUAUUUUCUUCAUUUGUCAGUUGCUUGGGAUCUUCUGUGCUUAUUCCUGUAUUGAUUGUUGUUCGGCUGCUAUCGAUUCUCUGGUUCGCCGAUGUUGCCGGUGCAGCACUCCGUUACCGUGGGCAAACAGGCCAAAAAAUUCCAGAUUAUGCUCGGGCCGCUUCCGAUUUUGUUCAUGCAAUUAUUGUAGAAUUAGUUUUUUUAUUCCAAGCAAUGCUGUUUUUUAAUAUUAAUUUGCCUAUAAUUUCUUCAAGUCUUGGAUUUAUUUAUAUGGCAUUGCUAAAUUCUUUGUAUAGUUUUGACUAUAUUUGGAUGAGUAAUGGAGUUAAUUUGAAUUCCCGUAUUGCCCUAAUCGAACGUCGUUGGCCCUUUCAUCUCGGUUUUGGCACAAUUUUAACAAUUGCAACAAAUUAUUCUUCAAAUUUUAUAAUUUCUGGAUGUAUUUUUGGAGCUUUAUUUCCCUUCUUUAUUGUCAGUUCUUGUUUGGUUGACACAGAAAUUCUCUCAACUUUAAAAGGAAAUAAUAAUAAAUUAAAUUUCCCGGCGAUUCCAUUUUAUUGUAUUGCUCAAAAUAUAACAAACAAAUUGUCUUUGGCAAUUUUUGGAAGAUUUUUUUGA